AUGUCUACAAGACGCCACGAAGAGACUCAUAGCUCCUCUCGACCUCCUCGAACGCCUGUUCAACGGUCUAUCCACACAUUGCCGUCAAGGCAAGCAGCCGAUGCCUCCUAUCCUGAACCUAGCGACCAUCGACGUCAGGUCACAACACCAAUUCUGCUGUCCGAUGGCAUGCCGGGCAAUGGUCUAGAUCUCUGGACAGGUAGCGCAAGGGGUAGCACAGCACCCACCACUACUGCAGCUUCGCUUGCGGGAGUACCAUCAAUCAACUUCGUGCCGGAUAUUUCCACAGAAUCUUCCGGACCCCUGAUAGCGUCGGACUACGCUUCAUGGCCCCCUUACUUCGAUGGUGUUGGAUGGUUCCCGCAGGCGACGCAUCUUAUAUGGCCUCUUGGCGCUGAUUUCCAGUCGUCGUCUGCGCCUGCUACUGCUGCAUCUAGAACUCCCCUACAGCUUCUAGGCUUCGGAGCUACUUUGAACAACGCGGCCCACACCAGUCAAGCUGCUGCGCUCACUAAUUUGUCCACAGCACCAGACUCCGUCGCCAGCAGCGUGGCACAGGGCUUGACUUUCUCUCAGCAGGUGGCCUCCUGUUCCUGCUCCAGACUCUCCGACGACAUCAGCAGGUUGCAGCAUUGUCAACUCACUCUCUCCGGAGACAAAUUCCAUGUACUUCUUGAGGCUACGCAUCAUGCAGUCACAAAUGUCGAUGCAAAACUGGCAUGUGUCAAUUGCGCUACUCAGGAGCCACCUCGCAUACGUACAAUGAGCUUCAUCAUCACUCUGGAACACGUUCUGGCCUGCUACCAAGGUCUACUACUGGCUGCCGGGAAGAGCUCGGGACCCAAAUGCGACAACUCGUCGCCUCCUCCAUUCGGACACCCAGGAAACAAUCACGACCCUCAGAGCCAUUUCUGGUAUCCUCGGGUACAGGCAGAACUGAUCGAGCUCGAGCGGAUUGCACUCCUGGUGGAUGACCUUGCAGCAGCUUCUUUCGACUACAGCCACUCUGAGACAGACCUCCGACCGCUGCUGGCCACGGUCUUCAUGACUUUAGAGUCUGUACGGAACGACAUGGGCUUAUACAGUAUGAGCGACGCUUCCUGA